ACACGAAAGAGAGAGAGACAGAGAGAGAGCUCAAAGAAAGAGAGAUCCAGAAGAAGACGAACAACAAUGGCGUUGCAAUGGCUGAUUCUGACGUAUGUGGUGGCCGCCGAAGUAGUAAUCACCCUCGUGUUGACUCUUCCUUACCCUAUGCUGCUUAAGAAACGUGUUGUACAACUUAUCUCGUUGAUUCUCCAACCUGCUGCUUCCAUCGUCGCCUUCGCCGGAUUUCAGCUCCUCGAUAUUUACUGGAAAGCUGAGCAUAGACUAUCUUGUUCAUCUGAGGUAUGCACUGCUACAGAACGUGAUCGCUACGAGAAAUCUAUCUACAAGGCUCAGAGGAAUGUGGUUCUGUGCGCUGCAGGAAUUCUUCUCUACUGGUGCAUCUACCGCAUCUGCAAGUACAACAAGGACCUGGAACGCUUGGAGGCAACGGAGAAGAGAUACAAGGAAGAGUAAUAAAUUUCACGAGUAUAGGGAGUUGGUUCCUCAAAACCAUUAUUAUAUAAGUAAAGCUUUUUUUAUUGC